GAGAACUACUCAAAUUCAAGCGAGCGGAGAUGAAAAUAAUGAAAAUACCAGAACCUUGUCGCACUCGUCUAUCACUGCAUGUUUGCGGUGCCGGAAACAGAAGGUGACUACAUGUCCGUCCGAUGCCAGAACCACUUCACUUAACGUCGAAUGACUCCCAGCUAAAGUGUGGUCGCGAACGUCCCACGUGCACUCGAUGCGAGCGACUCAGUGCGGCAUGUAACUAUCCGCGGCCUCCAAAUCGCCGGGGUCCACGGGGUCCACGGGCGGCCAGGCUGCUGCAUGAAAACAAUCGGGGGGCACCCUUUCUCACUCGGCGCCUGGGGACUCAACGCCGGCGCAACGAAGCAUUUUCGCAACAAACUUCUGCUGCUGAGACUCAGAAACUCAGUCCGAUCCAUGGACAUCAUGCUUCGAGUUCCCUUGGUCCUAAUGGUCGUCGUGAAGACGAUCCACUUCUCCCUAGCUCCACUGGAUUGGAUGACACAUCGGCGGCUCUAGGUAUAGGAACACGUACUCCGUCUAAUACAUACCCACGGCAGCUACGUACGAUGACGCCUGUCGCAUCGGAGCCAGGACGUUCCUCAGACCAGACACAAUUACCACCACCCGCCCUGUGUCUUUCUUUGCUGGAGGUAUACUUUACGCGCGUAUAUAACGCACCUCUAUUGUUUCAUAAACCCACUCUUUUUCAGAAUUAUCUGGAAGGAAGACUCCAUCGCUCUCUUCUUAGAGCUUUACUCGCGCUAGCAACUCUAUUUCUUCAGCCGAGGAAUUAUUCGAAUGACAUAAUACCUGCAAGAGAAGGGCAAGCAGAAUUAAAACUUUUGAGCUCAUAUCAUGCUUGCGGUCGCCCAUGGGCGAAAGCUGCUUUAAGAGAACUUUUGAUCUCAGCCUUAGAGUGUCCAUCUCUGAUGGUCGUCCAAGCGUUGGAGUGUCUGCAGCUGUAUUGGUUUGGCAUUGGUGACUUUCAUUCUGGGAGUUUAUGCCUUGCCCUCGCCUAUCGUUCAUGUCAUCUGCUUGGAUAUAGCAGGAAGUCUACGGACAACAGCGACUAUUCUGACGAGUCGCUCGAAUCUGAACUUUCCCGUCGAUGCUUCUGGGCUUGCUGGACAUCUACAUGCAUCGUUAUGGAACCAGAACCAUAUAUCAAAUUGGCCUGGCAGGAAGUGGGCUUGGUGCCGCUUCCGGGACUGAUCUCCAGAACGUCGUCCGGUUAUACAGUAACUUUAAAUCAGACAAUGGAUGAGAAUUGGCAUUCCAGAUCCUUGGAUCAUCGGAUAAGCAGUGACAGCUACCCUGGGAGUGCAGCCAUCUUAAUGAAAAUGGUUGGUGUAUGGGCGAAAAUUCAACAAUUGUGCAAAGAGUAUACCUCUGCUCCAAAUGCUCAAAAUUCUGGCCAACUCGAAAAGUUAUCUCACUUGGCAACAUCGCUAUUUGAUGAGUCAACCACCCUGAGAAAUUCCGGUCAUCAGAAUGACCCAAUAACCGAAGGCGAAAGCCUAUUAUUUGUCCACGAUGCGCUCUACCACCAAUGUCAAAUCGCUGCCCAUUGGAUGAUUGUCCCCCUUCUUUCGGGUAUCCCUUCUGACCUAACAAUUAGAUCUGAUAAGCAAAGAGAAAGUGCAGAUACUGUUCUAAAACAUGCAGAGCUGCUUGAACGGCUACUGGCGCCUUAUCUCUAUGGUCGAAGUGAUAUUUCACGUCUGCCUCCCCUUGUUGGCUUUGGUGCUUUUGUCGCAGGUAUUGUGCUUCUGGCAACGGAAAUUUCCCGCCAGGACUGUGGAGUGAAUGGAUCAUUCACAAAAGACUGUCGAAAUGGUCCCAGACUACCCGCAGUAAGAGCGAUUGUGCAUUUAUUAGAUCAUCUGCGAGUCUAUUGGAGAGCGUUGGAACGUCCGUGGGAAACCUUUAAUUCUGCAUUGUCGACAGACUCUUUCAAGUUAAAGAGACACGCCACACCAACGAUUGUACGAGGUGAUCGUCGUGUGGCAUCAUCUAGUGACUGCGAACCUCCCGAAAUGCCUGACGGAUAUGAUCAAAGCGAGGAUAUCUCAAGCAAGCAGCUGCAACCCUCUGAAGCCGAGAUACGUACAGGAGAACUUGAAGCCCGACUCUGCUCGUCUACAGCUCCUUUGAACGGGAAUGGGUUAGGGGCGCCAGAUGAGUUAGGACGAAGUGACUCACCCAUCGAUCAGGUCAGUCUAUCACGCGACUAUGACUGGUAUAGCUUGUCUUUCGCGGAGGCCGGACUUGGGCAGUUUGCUGGGCUUGAGCCUUCUACACUUUUCCAGCAAGGCUGGGGGACAUUUGGCUAGUUAUCUAACGCCCAGAGAACGCCUUGCAAUAAUUAAAUAGUGGCUCGCAUUGACGGCUUGCCAGAAAGUCGGACGCCAGUUCUUGGCUUCCUCCUGCUUUCGCAAAAACAGAGUCGUAAAAGACCUUAUUAAAGCAUCCGGAGCAGUAAGUAUGGCCACAAAUCAGUGCCCAGAUCUACCACCUUAUAAUAGCAUAUCUUGCACUCAUAGUACUCCUAUACCUUCUCAGCAAUACGACACUAAGAGAUUAAUUCGUUCCUCGCCAUCUAGUAUUUGUUCAACUAGGGCCGGGCUUGGUAGUAAGCUAGCAACGGGUUCAAUUGUAUCGCUCGCUGCAACAGCGACCGCAUCAAAUUCGAUCAGAUUCACUAGCUGCUAAUUAGUUCAUUAUCUCCG